UCUUUUUUUUCUUUUUGCUUCCGUCACAUCUGUAUUGGACCUAAGCUAGUGCAGACUAAGACAUUUUUGAUCGAGACGCAACAGACAUCAGUAACAUUCUUCACUCACAGACCACGAAGAUUUAGAGCUUCAGUAGACAGAUCGAGUAAACAGCAAAGAUUGAAGUGCACUCGCGACGUUCUAGAGAACCAAUGCCUACAGUUAUGGAUAAUCAGUGGUCUUCACCCAAGUUUAUCACUUGUCCUGACUGCGGAGAGAGAUACGACAGUGCGCACAAGAGGCGACUGAUCGACACUUGUGGUCAUCCGCGAUGUUACUCGUGUCUUUUUGUGGAUAAACCGUGCCCUUUGUGUCAAAAGCUUCCACAAGACCCCAGGUCACGUGCCAGUUCAUUCCACGCUGGUAGCUCUGGUUCUGAGGAAUCCUUAAGCGUGUCAAGCAACACUCUCUCAUCCGGGAACCUCAGCAAGGAUCAGAGUUCGCUCUCACACCCAGACCUCAGUGAGAUACACAAGGAACGCGCGGCCACCUUGCCUGCUCGUGGCUUCAGAACAGAUAACUACUUCAGGUCUCUAUACAGAUAUGACCCUCACGCUACGGAAAAUACAGACGUCAAAGAUUUCAAGCAGAGGAACAGGACCGUGCAGAAUUAUCAUAAAUCACUGGAAAAUCUCUCAGACCAGUUUUGGAAAAGCGUUGAAAGAGCUUCGAGUCCAUUGGGACGAAGUACAAUCUCGUCAUUAAAAAGUGAUGAUUCUCCUCCGUCAUCAAUAAGGUCCUCUACUGAUGACGUCACAUCCACUCUUUCCAGACUAACAGUUCCAGACCUACCCAGACGGCGCUCAGCCACGGAUGUCCCGAAAAGACCCGAGUACCAGAAACGUGAUUCGUAUCGAAGCGAAACGUUACGAAAACCAGAGAUUGCCGAAAUAAGGCCACGAUCACAGUCCGACAUUGCCGCAAUAAAAACUUCCGAAGGCGAAUUUAGGGAAAGGCAUUUUUACACUUUGCCAACCAAUUUCCACCGCUCAGAUUUUGACAGACAUCGGGCCGGUUCCGAUAAAUCAUCGGACACUUCGCUGCCUUUUUCCGAUUCAUGCUCGGAAAGUUCCGGCGAUUCCGACCAUUUGACCGUUGGCAAUCCGCGAAGCCCGCCGUACAAAGGAAUGACAAAGAGAUUGUCAUAUGACGAGAAUCAAAACGAACGAUUAAAGAUCGCAGAGGAGCGACUUCUGAGUAGAUUGAUGGGGACUGAUGAGGAGGCAAAGCGAAAGAGGGAUGCUAAAAAUGUUAUCCAUUGGGUGAUAGAGCCUCCUAAGCAAGAUGAGCCAAAGAACACCAGUGGAGUGCACACGGACAGCGGUCAUCCAACAAAACCAGAUCCUCCAAAACGAAGAGACAGCAGUCAAAGACUCAAUGGCCAGAAAUCACAAGAGAUCAAUGGACAGUAUAGAACAGUAACGUCGCUCUGAUGCGCGUGUUAUACAAGACGUUUGAAAAGAAACAGACUUUAUCAGUGCAAUCUGACACAGUAUCUGAUUGCGAUUAAUAGGAUUAAUAUUAUUCAAGAUUAGGCUGGAAGGCACUGAUUAAUAUUAUAUUAAUAUUAUUCAAGAUUAAGAUGAAAGGCGCUCUGAGGACCGUUGUUGAUCAGGGGUCUGAAAGCAGGACUUUACGAGCGCGUUAUAUGAAAGUUAGAUGAGGAAUGAUUAAAUUAAGAUACGAAUACCGUUUGGCGAUUAUCGUAAUUUUAAUCAGCUCUUAAAAAAGAAAUACACUAAAAAGAUGUAUUUAUGAGCAGGUUUGACAUUUGAAUGAGCGUGUAAUAUCCUAAGAUUGAAUCAUUCAUUUUUUUUGUUUUAACUGUACUUAACGCUUUGUGUGGUGUGUAAUGAACAUGAAGGAAAACGGCUUCAUAGUGGUACAAAAUCCAGUUUUAAGUUUUAGACAAAGAAAUAUGAGGUAGUUAAAAGAAAUCUAGUUUUGUAAAUAAGCGCCAAUAGCUUUUAAGGGAUUUGUCUUUAAUUGGAGCAUAUAUCAGUAAAGAGAUUGUGGUUAUAACGUUUUUGAUUUAAACUUUCAAUGAAUACUUGCUGUGUUUAAGGAAAAAACAAACAAAGGGUUGUUAAAAAAAACUCGGCAUUCAAGGGACAUCGACAAAUUCAGUGCUUUUUUGAACUGUAUGCAUAACUUAAGAAUCGACUUAUAGUUUAAUACAUUAAGUAGUAUUGCAAUGGCAUGUGAUUCACACGAGCAAUGGCUGUACACUAAGAAUGGAUGAUUUCAAAAACAAGUCUUUAAACUUGAGUAGAUGAGAUUUACAACGGGUGUUUUUGCAGGUGUAUUUCCUUAUAGAAAUUUACACGUAUAAAUAAACAUUUUCAUGAUGAA